AGACUGUGUACCUUAAAUUCCCAACAGGGCCGCCUGAGGAAAAGCCAGAGGAGGAAGCUGGCUCUCCAAAGCCAUGCCCAAGCUCUUCACCUCUGUCUGACCAGGCCUCUCUCCCUUCAGAUGUGGGGCCUCUGCCCAGGAUUCCUCUUUGUCAGCUCCACAGCCUCCUCAGCAAGGCCAGGCGGAGAGGGCGCUGGGGAACACCCCGUGACAUGCUUUCUGGCGCGUGUCCUGGCACAGCCCACUUCCAUGCGGCCCCUGAGUGAAGUUUUGGGUGCCAGUGGCCCCCCAACUCUGCAGUUAGGUCUUGGGUCACCUGGCAUCCAGAAUGGAGCAUCCACUGUCCCAGGUCACCCGGUUGUCGGUGCAGAUGGCGGAGACCCCGAUCUGGGUGGGGCUGAGGCUGGCCUGCAGCGCGGGCCGAGGGAAGCUCUGCUGGCUCCGGGCUCUGAGACUUUCUCCAUCUGGGUGGGGUUUUAGCUCCUAUUUAAAGUUAUGAACGUUGCUACUCUUUGGGAGGGAGUGUCCCUGAAGGGCCAGCGUGUCUAGGGGAAGGCCCUGGAAGCUCUGAACAGCACAGUGCAACGUCACUUCUCCUGUCUCCACACUGAGCUGCGUCUGACAUAGCUGUGGGUUUCUGUGCCUGACUGUUCUCAGUGAGCACAGAGCAACUGAAGGGAGAGCAAGACGGAGGGAGCCUCGCUCCUGAGGAGCUCCGGUUCACAUCCCCGAGGGGCGCCAGGAGCCUCGACCCAGCUCAGGGACAACCAUCUCCCCAAGACAACGAAACCUAGAGUUCUGGCCUCUCUCUACUGCUCUGUGACCUACGACAGCUCGGCCCUGUCCUGUCCUGUCUGCCUCUCCUUGGUGUCCAGAUGGUAAGUGUGUACGGCGUCUUCCAGCCAUGAGCCAGCUCCGCCGACCAGAGUGCCAAGCGCCCCACUAGCCACGAGCCAGCUUCUGCUGCAGACCAACUGCACCUGUGCAUUCAACUUUCUACAGCUGUCAAACCCAAAUGUCCGGCUCUCUGCAGAGAGAAUCACCUCUCUCUCUAAAGAUGGAGCCACCGCUGCAAACUGAUUUCUGUGACCCUUCUGGCAAAUGCUGAAGACAGCACAGUGGCAACAUGGAUGUGACCUCUCCAGCCCACACCUUUGGCAUGGAGAUUUACCCAGGUACCACACAGUUGGCAGACUCCAACAGCACCUCCCCAGAACUCAACCUGUCUCUUCCACUACAAGGCACUGCCCUGGUGAACCAGACGGGGGACCUCUCUGAGCACCAGCAGUAUGUCAUUGGCCUCUUUCUCUCCUGUCUUUACACUAUCUUCCUCUUUCCCAUUGGUUUUGUGGGGAACAUUCUGAUCCUGGUGGUGAACAUCAGUUUCCGUGAGAAGAUGACGAUCCCCGACCUGUACUUCAUCAACCUGGCGGCCGCAGACCUCAUCCUGGUGGCCGACUCCCUGAUCGAGGUAUUCAACCUGGACGAGCAGUACUAUGACAUUGCCGUGCUCUGCACCUUCAUGUCUCUCUUCCUGCAGAUCAACAUGUACAGCAGUGUCUUCUUCCUCACCUGGAUGAGCUUUGACAGGUACAUCGCACUGGCAAAAGCCAUGCGCUCCAGUCUCUUCCGAACAAAGCACCACGCCAGGCUGAGCUGCGGUCUCAUCUGGAUGGCCUCCGUCUCGGCCACCCUGGUGCCCUUCACAGCCGUCCACCUGCAGCACACAGAGGAGGUCUGCUUCUGCUUUGCAGACGUCAGGGAGGUGCAGUGGCUGGAGGUCACUCUGGGGUUCAUCAUUCCCUUUGCCAUCAUUGGGCUCUGCUACUCCCUCAUCAUCCGCGUCCUUGUCAAAGCCCACAAGCACCGAGGCCUGCGCCCCCGGAGGCAGAAAGCGCUCCGCAUGAUCUUCGCUGUGGUCCUGGUCUUCUUCAUCUGCUGGCUGCCGGAAAACGUCUUCAUCAGCGUCCACCUCCUGCAGCGCACCCAGCCGGGGGCUGCUCCCUGCAAACAGUCCUUCCGCCAUGCCUACCCCCUGACCGGCCACAUCGUCAACCUCGCAGCUUUCUCCAACAGCUGUCUGAACCCCCUCAUCUACAGUUUCCUUGGGGAGACCUUCAGGGACAAACUGAGGCUGUACGUGGAGCAGAAGACAAACCUGCCAGCUCUGAACCGCUUCUGCCACGCCGCCUUGAAGGCAGUCAUUCCGGACAGCACCGAGCAGUCGGAUGUCAAGUUCAGCAGUGCUGUGUGACAGGACUCCCCGGCAGGGACCCAGCUAUGGCGCUAGUCACAGGGACUGCACACACCCAGGGCAAGGUGGGCCGGAGGCACAGGUCAAGUCACGCUCCCAAACUUCAGUGCCUCACGAGGGUCGCCCCUUCUGGGUUGCUGGGGAACCUUGCUCCAGCCCUUCCUGAUUUCAUCCUGCUCACAGACUUGCACCCAUCCCAGUGCUCACGACCGCAGGUCAUGUGACUCUGACCUCCAAGGGCACCAGAACCAGCUUGUCACUCAGCUUUCUCUACCGUACUAUUUCCCCAGUGGAAAAUGAUUCUGCCAUUGACCAAAAGCCAAAAGGAGGGAGGCCUUCUGGGUGAAGCAUCUUAGUUACAGAUAAAUACGCAGCAUACCUGAAACCCGGGGGGGAAAGGAAGUCUGGAAACAGAAUCUGCUCAACAGACCUAAACUGGAUCUGAUGUCUGAGAUGUGCAACUCACUAUGCACAUGCAAACUAGUCCACCCUGAGUCGAAGGGGAAAGGAAAAAAGUGUCCUGCACACACCUGAGCAUCCUUCCUCUCUAGGAAUGCUGCACUCCUGCCCGCCCCCGGCUCCCGCUCCUAAUACCCGAGAGAGCUGCAUGGAGCUAGAAAGGGUCUCAUUUAAUGAAAUACCUGCUCGGAGAUGUGUUUAGACGUGCAUUUGUUUACAACAGACUUGGCAAUUAUGUGAAUGUGGGAUGAGACCACGAGAACUGCAUGCAGUUAAUGGGAUACACGGAGAAAUACUCUGGCGUGUGUGGUUGAAAAAUCUGCCUCUACAAAAUAAUAGUGGGAACAAUGAUGAUGGCAACUUUAGCAGUUCCCAAUAAAAUAUAUUUAAAAACAAA